AUGGAAUCUUACACAGGAGCAGUAUCACCAUUUAUUUGUAACGGCACAUCUUUUGAACUAAAUGGAUCACAUUUAUGUAAUGAAAGCAUGUCUUCUAUCUUGGCUGAUAAAUCAGAAGAACACCAACAAUACAUUAUUGGGCUUUUCUUAUCAUGCCUUUACACUAUUUUCCUUUUCCCUAUUGGCUUUGUGGGAAACAUUCUGAUUUUAGUUGUGAACAUAAGUUUUCGGGAAAAGAUGACUAUUCCUGACCUGUACUUCAUAAAUCUUGCAGUAGCUGAUUUGAUUUUAGUUGCUGACUCCCUCAUUGAGGUUUUUAAUCUUGACGAAAAGUAUUAUGACAUCACUAUAAUUUGCACUUUCAUGUCUCUGUUCCUUCAGAUCAACAUGUAUAGCAGCAUUUUCUUUUUGACAUGGAUGAGUUUUGACAGAUAUAUAGCACUUGCAAAAGUAAUGAGGUCCAAUAUAUUUCGGACUAUGCAGCAUGCUAGAUUAAGCUGUGGCCUCAUAUGGAUGGCAUCUAUCUCUGCAGCACUAGUGCCAUUUACAGCUGUACAUUUGCAGCACACUGGAGAGGUCUACUUUUGUUUUGCAGAUGUAGAAGAAAUCCAGUGGUUAGAAAUAACCUUGGGGUUUAUAAUCCCCUUUGUGAUCAUUGGUCUUUGUUACUCAUUAAUUGUUCGAGUUCUUAUAAAAGCACACAAACACAAGAGUCUUCGACUACGGCGCCAAAAGGCUCUUCGAAUGAUUUUUGUAGUCGUCCUGGUUUUCUUUAUCUGCUGGCUACCUGAAAAUGUCUUCAUUAGUGUUCAGCUUCUUCAAGAGAAAGGAAAGACACUCUCUUCAGGCAACCAAUCUUUUCGGCAUGAUUAUCCCCUCACAGGACAUAUUGUAAACCUAGCAGCCUUUUCUAACAGUUGUUUGAACCCUCUGAUUUACAGUUUUCUAGGUGAAACUUUUAGAGACAAAUUACGGUUGUAUGUUGAACAGAAAACUAAAAUGUCAACAUUCAGUCGUUUUUGUCAUGCUGCCCUAAAGUCAGUCAUUCCUGACAGCAACGAGCAAUCCGAAGUUUAAUUUAGUAGUGCUAUAUAAAAACAUAACUGAAAAUUGCACAAAUAUAGAACAAAACGCUUGCUACUAACAGUAAAAUAUAUGUAUAUAUAAUGCCCUGCUGAGUAC